GGUAGCUCUAACUGAAGAUUCGAAGAAGACAAAGCAAGGACUGCGUCAAAUGACUGCCAGAUAAGCGAUGGCUUGCAUCUCAAGCCUGUGGCUUAAGCCGAGGCUGUCGAGUUUAUUAUGUCUCGAGGUACUUUUCAACACGAGCACAAGCCCUUCUGCGACCUUGUCGCUCACAAUUGCGUCAAUGUUCCCAAGGACACGGUUCCGAUGUGACGGUCAACUCCCCCCUUAUUAUAGUCGAAGGAUCAGCUUUGGGUUAGCUAUUCUUCGCCUUGUUUCUUCAACUUUUCCUUUUCUUUGAACUCCACCAUCGCCGUCCAGUUGUUCAUUGAGAUUUUGAUACUUAACCCAACAUGGCGGUACAAGGCCACCUCUUCCAUUUCGAGCUCCAAAGCCCACCAUUUAUGCCCUCUGUCUUCUGCCAGCCAGUCGGCAUUGGCGGGCCACAGGGUCCCGGGCUAUUAGACUUUCCUGUCUGGCCAAUCCUCGUGCCCGCUGCCGACGGCUUCCGGGUAUGCUAUACCGACGACGAGGACUUCCGCGACGCCUACCUGGCACGGGGCUUCUGCGGCCUCGAUGCCGCGUUCAGGGACCAGUUCGACCACGACUGCCACCGGCAAGCUGUUCACGUUGCGCCCACCGUCCGGGAAGAGAAACUGGGCAGGCCGAAGCAAACCAGCCAGGAUGGGGGCAGCCAGAAGGGGAAAAGCCGCUCCUCGCGAAACGAUCAGGAGGAGAGCAUGCUUCAGACCAUGUUCGAGCCCUUUUCCGUCUUUGAUUACCUCUCCCUGCCCGUCCCGCGCUUCUUCAUGAACGCCGUGCGUCUCGUGCGGCCGUACGUGGACAAGCUGACAAGGUGCACCCUCACCUUGUUCGGGGUCAUGUGCUACAUCAGCUUCCUCGCCAUGCCCGUCAUCGCCCUGGCUCUGCUCGCCGUGACGGGCAUCGUGGGCGCGGUCAUCUUGUCGCUGGAGAACCUCGGGCUGAUCAAGCCUGGCACUUUGGACCCCCCGAAUCCGGGCAAGCGCGUUCCGGCGACGGCAAAGAUAUCAGCAGCAGCAGCAACGACCAGCCCGAUUCCGCGCCCCCGCGUCGCCGCCGCCGCCGCCGCCGAUCCCACCAUGGCCACUACGACGCGCCGAGCUGCCACGGCCAACCACAAAGACAUUUACAAAGACAACUACGACGACGACGUCGUCGGAAAAGAAGAGCCGUUCGAGCUGGUACCGAGAAUGUCGUCCGCUAAGGCGGCCAGCAGCGAAGCCGACGAGAGCGGCAUCGCAACUGUCGAGACGUUGCGUCGGCGGCUGCAGCAGAGGAAGCUUCAGCAGCAGCAGCAGCAACAGCAGCAACAGCGCAACGUCCGGAUCUUCGCGCCGGGCUACUCUCCUCACGGCUGGGACCGGGUGGACUCGGAUGACGAGGACGAGGACGAGGACGAGGACGACGAGGACGGCACUAGUGGCCGUGCCACCCCGCCGUCGUGGAGCUCGUUCGCUGCUGAGGCCUGAUAAGGCUACGCCGGGUAACUAAUAAGGUUUUCAUUCAAACUCGGGCUCGGAUAUGGCGCAGGGUGUACGUGCGUGCGUGCGUGCGUGUGUGUGUGUGUGUGUGUGUGUGUGUUUGUCUCGUUAAUGCGCUGCUUAACUCACUUGAGUGAGGCGUUAGCUUCAGCCUUUUUUUU